AUGGAACAUAUUUUUUAAAUAGAUGGGAGAAAAUAAAAAUUUUGAAUUGAUGUAAGUGUUGAAAAUUUAUUUUUCUAUAAAAUUAGUGGAGGUGGAUUAUAUGUAGGUUAAGGAGAGAAAGGUUAUUCAGUCAAAGCUGGAGGGUGGAUUGAAAUUAGCGAUAGUUUUUGGGAGUAUAUAAAUUUAUAUCAAAUAGUCAAAGCGAAGUUACUUACCAGGGUGAAUAUAACUAAGGUAUUAAAAUUGGGAGAUGGGAUAUUUACUUUAAAGACAUAAUUUCUAAGAAGAAUCAAUUAAUGUAAAUGAAAAAAUCUAAAUUUAUGCUCAAAAAGUGGUGGUGGAUCAUAUGACGUGAAGUAAGAAAGUUGCUCGAUUAAGAUUGGAAAGUGGAUAGAGUUGAGUGAUGGAUAUCGUUGGAGCGAUUAAAUCAUUUAACAAGGUGAAUAUUUAAUGGGUAAAAAGUUUGGUCGAUGGGACUUAUUUAAUAAAAAGGGAGGGGAAUAAAAAUAAGAAUUUAAAUUUAUGUAGAAUAAUAAAUUAUUUUCAAAUAGUGGAGGUGGAUAAUAUGAAAUUAAGAAAGAAGAUGCUUUUAUUCUGGGUUCAAUUAAGACUGGUAGAUGGAUUGAGUUAAGUGAUGAAUUUUGGAAGUAUUAAAUCAUUAGAAUUAAAGUUAGAGUGAAGUUCUUUUUGAUGGUGAAUACAAUAAUGGUUUAAAAAUUGGUAGAUGGAAUAUUAACUUUAUAGAUACAAGAACGAAAAAAAUAUCAUAGAUGUAGGGAAAUUAUAUUUAUAUUAAUUAAAGUGGUGGUGGUGAAUAUUCUACCAAGCUAGGCGAGGAUUGCUGUAUAAUUUCAUAUAAAACGGGAAAGUGGAUUACCUUGGUUGAUGGGUUCACGUGGAAUAAUUAAAUUACAUAUAAUGGAGAAUUUAAAGAUGGUAAAAAAGUUGGUAGAUGGAAUACGAUGGAUUUACAAAGAAAGGGUAAUAAAAAAAUGUAAAACAUUAUUAUAAAUAAUAAAAAUAAUUAGUGAUGAAAAGAUUUUUAAUAAUUAUUAGAGAGAGAAUGAAUGA